UUUUACCGUACCAUUUUUGUCAAGUUGUCGAGGAGCAAAUAAUUUUGUGAUUGUAUUGAACUGAACGUCUGCUAAAUUUGAGACUAAACUGUGAAUUAGAUAAGGUGAUUGUUGUUAAAACAUAAACAAUCUUUUAUGUAUCCUUGACCUGAUUAAUGGUAAAACCAACAGGUUACUGUGCGAUUAAUAAAUUACAAUCUUAAAAUAUACCAGUAUCUUUUGACCUAAUUAGAACUAUUUAAAGCAUUCGCUAGAGGCCUGCUUUUUUGUCAAACCAAAAAUACAUUGAAUAUCGGGCUAUUUUACCGGAAAUCCAAAACGGGCAGCGAAAAGACAAAUGCCCUACAAUCGAUCAUCUGUUGAGCAGCAAAACUUUACAAACAAUGCCGACAACAGGAAACGAAUUGUCCAGUUAGUUGCUGUGGAGGGGACCCAGCCCUGCGAAGAAGACGCUCCUAACGUUGUCGAACUGAUUAAAGUACACGAAGAACGCAAAGAACUAGUGAAAUUAAUGUUAGAUAUUGUUCCGAUGAAAACGACAGCGAAGAAACGACGCCUUUCGGAUGGACUUGACGAGUUCGUAGACAUUGUUGUUCCUGAUUACACGGACGAUGAAUUCCUGCAACAUUUUAGAAUCAAGCGAAAGCAAUUCCACAACUUAGUUGCUCUAUUCGAGGAAAGCGAAACAUACCGUAUGCUGCGUGAAGAUAAACGAAUGUCGGCUGCCAAACACUUGUUGAUGUUUCUUUGGUUCGCUGGGAAUGCAUCCUGCGAUUUUCGGGAUCUGUCGCAGCGCUUCAAGGCGUCAAUUUCCAGCGUUAGUCGAGCGAUCAAACGGGUUACCUACUUUCUGGCCGAUCUUUCCGAGUUUGUUAUCAAAUGGCACACAAAGGAGGAAAUGACGCGAGCGGCAGACUAUUUUCAAAGCAUGAAUGGCUUUCCAAGUGUUAUUGGUGCGGUUGCAGCAAUCCACAUUCCCGUGGAAGUAACGAAGCAGGAUAAAGUCACCUAUUCUAACGGGAACGGUCAGACAAGCAUCAUUCUACAAGCAAUUUGUAACGAGCGCAGAAAAUUCGUGGAUAUUUCAGUUGGUUCGCCAGGCCCGACACACAAGAGUCGGGUGUUUACUGAAUCGGAAAUAUAUGCUAAACUUCCAGAGCUUUGUCAAAACUUCAUCUUGCUGGCCGAUGCAGCCUAUCCACUGGGUAACAACGUGCUGACACCGUAUAGACACAACGGUUACCUAACUCCCGCACAGAUAUUGUACAAUCGAAAACUGAACGAAUGUCGUACCUUUAUCGAUUAUGCCCUCACUACACUCAAGCAGCGAUUCCGUCAACUUGAUCACGUUAAACUACGAGGUCUUGAAAAAGUCAGCCAGUUUGUGCGUGCAUGCUGUGUACUAAACAAUCUGUGCAAAGAGGAUGACUUCAGCAUCAAUUUGCUUGAUUCGAGUGAGGUGACAAGCGGAGAAACUGUUGACCAACAAAGCUGUGAAGAUGCCGUGCCCGACAGUAGCACAGGCAGUAUUUUCAGAGAGAGAAUGUGCGACUAUAUUUACACCACUUGAGAUUUAUUGAUACUUACUUAAUAAUAGUAAAAAACUAAAAUUUGUCGAGCAAUCGUUUUA